GAGAAGAUUUGGUUUCAUAUUUGUCAAAGGCAGAGAUUAUUGAGUUUUGGUCAGUCAACAAAAAUCAUCAGUAUUAACUGCAACAAACCAAAGACCAAGAACCGCCUUCUCCCUCUCCCGUUCUCUUUCUCAUUUAUUCAAUUUUCUUCUUUGGAGCUAGAAUUGAAUAGGUCUCUCUCUCUCUCUCUCUCUCUCUCUAAGUCAGUGGAAGGAAGUAAGCUUUGUGCAUUAUAUAGGAAGCUCGUUCCAACAAUUCCCUGUUUAAACCUAUUUUACCCUUUCAGCUGAUUAUCUCUUUGGUUCUUGGGAAAAAAGACCAGAAGGGCUGAAGCCCAGAACCAAGAAAGGUGUCAUUUUUGGUGGGAUUGUGAUGAUGGAUUGCUAUCAGCUUGAAAAUGCUCCUUCUUGCCAAGAUUCUCUCAGGGCAAUUGAGUCUGACAUUCAGCAUGCCAAUAUGCUGGCAGCUUCUAUUUCGAGAGCUACUGGUGGUGCAUGCCUACAAAUGAAACUGGUCUACAAUCACUUAGCGCCCGCAUAUUUGUUUUUAUUACAAUGGUUCAACUUCUCUUGCACAUGCUUACUUCCAACUUAUCUAAAUCUUUUCCACGUAGUUAUUUACAAGGUUCACCUUGAGAGUAAACAGAAGUAUCCUUCACAUGGUAGAAAAGCAACCAUUGGGCAAUUCUACGCUGUGAUAUUACCAUCUCUUGAACACCUAUAUGAUACCUCACUAGAGCUAGAUACAUAUCAGAAUGAACUCCAUGGCCAUGACACAAUCGUCAGAAAGAAACCGGAAGAUGAUAACAAACUUUUCGAUGUUGAUAUGGAGAGAGAAGAUGAAUGUGGAAUUUGCUUAGAUCGCUGUACGAAAAUGGUCUUGCCUAAUUGCUGUCAUGCAAUGUGCAUCAACUGCUACCGUGACUGGAAUAUGAGGUCAGAAUCCUGCCCGUUUUGCCGGGGUAGCCUGAAGCGAGUGAAGUCAGGUGAUCUGUGGGUUCUGACUCGUAGUGGAGAUGUUGUCGAUCAAGAAACGCUCUCAAGAGAAGAUAUGUUGCGCUUCUAUCUGUAUAUCAACAACUUGCCUAAAGAUACUCCAGAUGCACUUUUCUUAGUUUACUAUGAAUACUUGAUAUGAGCUGAUGAGAUUAUUAGUGUACAUCUGCAGGGACGAAUGCUUGUCAAUAGUGUCUGGUAGAGCUCACUAUAGACAAUACCGAAUUGUGCUUAAUAAUGUAUAUCUUCAUCGUAAAACUUUUGAGUCAAUAUAUAGAAGGUUCACUCUGAACAAUUCCAUUUCCGCGA